GUCGUCGAGGGCGAGACGCGGGUUCAGAAGCUUCGUAGUGCUCCUCGGUCCGUGCGUCGGGAUCGAGAAGAGCGCGCGUUCAAGGGCAAUUCGGUGUACGCGGCACGACGUCGACCAGCUGAUUGCGAACGUGCCGAGAGAGAGAGAGAGAGAGAGAGAGAGAGAGAGAGAGAGAGAGAGAGAGAGAGAGAGAGAGAGAUAGAGAGAGAGAGAGAAGAUCCGUCAUCGCGUCGCAAAUCGCGUCCCCGCCACCCCUUCUUGCGCCUCCCGUAGAUCUUCUCCGGCCCAACAGAAGAGCAUCAUGAAGGCGAUCCUGCUGUUGGUCGUUCUGGGCGUUUGUUCGGCCAAUCCGCUGAAGAAGAAGGAGAAGAUGAGCGUCGUCGAGCCGCAGACCGCGACGCUGAGCUCGACGGAUCGAGCCAAGUACGAGGAGGAGCUGCUCCGCAAGCUCAACUCGAAAUGCUCCCAGAACGACAUGAGCAGCUGCGUGAUGCUGAAGCUGGUGACGUACAUGAACAAGCUGCUGAAGAAGGCGUCGAUCGAGCUGACAGACGACAUUGAGAUCCGGAAGACGAGCCAGACGUCGGAGGACGUGAUCACGUUCGAGACCGGCAGGAGCAAGGACGAUGAGACUCAGGUGCUGGAUCUCGUCGCGAAUAAGGUUUACGCCUUUGUCAAAUCGAGGAGCGUCAAGUGGAGGAUCCUGCCCGAGGACGACAUCGUCGUGUCCGCGUCCGAGGACGACACCGGCUCGUUGAACUUGGGCCUGUCCAUCGAGCGCAUCGACAAACCUGUCCAGGACGGUCGCGGCAAGAAGAACAACCAGAUGGGCCCGUUGAUCGCAGCCGCUGUCCUGAAGAUCGGCCUGAUCGGCGGCCUCGCGUUCAAGGCGCUCGCCUUACUGGUCGGCAAAGCUCUCCUCCUAUCGAAGAUCGCGCUCCUAUUGGCCGGCAUCAUCGGCCUGAAGAAGCUCUUCUCGCAUCAGAAGCACGUCACAUACGAGGUGGUGGCGCACCCUCAUCACAGCUCGAGCCACUCGUUCGAGCACGCCGGCCACGGCGGAGACAGUUACUCCAGCGGCUGGGCCAGGAGUUUCCACGGGGCGACGCCGAUCUCCGCUCACCUGGACGCCCACGAGAUCGCUUACAAGGCGCACGUCAAAUGAACAACUCCCGCGAGCGCAAGAGAGGUCCCAGGAGGUCGCCCAGGCGAUCGAGCGACUCGGCUCGUCCAACUCCAAAAGCCCCUGACGCUGUCCUCGGGUCGCCGCCUGGAAACUUGUUCCUGGAUCGCGUCGCGGAGAAGCUACCCCGAUCGAGUAUUUAUUGCGCCUCUCUUUGCUCCUCUUUGUCUCCUCUUCAUCCCAUCUCCACCCACGAUCGCUCCUCGUUGUCACACCCGCGAGUCUGAGAUCCCGCAUGACGGACCACUACGCACGAAACGAUGACGACGACGACGACGACGACGACGACGACGACGACGACGACGAUAACGAGACACGUGACCGACGUACGAACAGCUCAGGCACGACGUUGAACGACCGACACGGCGACACGACCUCGGCGCGACGUCACAUCGCGGAUUACAGCGAUACGUAGUCCGAGUGGAUAAGAGCCUCUCGAAACGCGUACGGUACACGCGCAUCGUUAGGCUCUCACCUACUUUCGUGACUGCACUCGAGCAUAAUCGCGGAUUACUGCGAGACUCUUGGUCGUCAGGAUAUCGGACGCGCCACGCGUGCAUGAGCGCCAUCAUUGGCGUUCUUCCUCAUUGUCAUUGCUAGUUGAUCAUUCGGAUCUCCAUGAUAGCUCGCGGAAGCUUUCUCGCGCGGCUAACGUUGCGCGCGCAUCAAAUGCUAAACCCUCCGACCGUCCGAUUUUCCGCUCGUACACUCGUCACGUACUCUUCACGGCGGUACACGACUAUCCGACUAUCAUUUCGCCUUAACGUGUCCAACGGUAGUUUCGUUCUCGAGAAAUUCGCUCGUACGUAUACGCAUACGUAUGGCUUCGAAUCAGCCGCCGACUGCGGAGCUGAAGACCAGGAACGAGGAAGUAUCGCGCUGCAUCUUCGUUGCUCAUUUUGCGUUUAUCUGAUUGUUUGCCGGGGCGUUUCUCGAGAGCGAAGCUUCUCUCGUCAUCUUUAGCGCGAAAUGCGCCGCGUGAACACACGUGGACGUGUUGAAGCCCGCGACUCCGCAAGAUCAGCAGGUCUCGCGUGAUUUUAGACUGUCUGUGACAGAGAAGUCGCGGAGUGACGUGUAGAUAACCGUGAGAAAAACGAUCGGAGAGGAGGAAUCAUCGCGCGAACGGUCGCGGCGAUUACACGGUUCGCGCGUCAUUAGUCGCGAAUUAGAACGUGUCGUUCUCAACGGAGAGUCUUGUAGCGAUCCGUUACGGACGCGACGGACGGACGUUUUCGUCACUGCAGACUGCUUUUUGCCAAUACCGAAUACGCGGACGCAUCACGUCAGAAUUUCCCACCUUGCAACAGCAAGCCUCCCCCCACCCCACCCCGCCCCACCACACACACACAUACAUGAAAAGCGCGUGUAACUAUGCUUUAUUUAUAAAUCAACCAAUCGUGUCUAACUCGCCGUCCUGUCCGAUUAACAAGACUACGAGAGUAUAUGAUAUUAUU